GUGCAAGAAACGAACAAAGCACGUUUUUUAUUUUGCAUAUAGAAGAGCCAUAUAUCUCCAAUUUCUGUGGGGUCCAAGCGAGAAGAACCUUUUUUUGAUGCGACCAUCCGACCAUGCGAGAAGAAUCUCCACCGUCUCCAAGACCCAAACUGCACCGUUCCGACCAUCCGGCUAAUACAUCCAGGCCUUCCACAUCUGUCGGUCCAUGGAUUUUAUUCCAUGCGAUGGACAGUGUGUUAAUUUUUGCGGAAGCUCGAAAGUCUUGUUUACUAAUCAUGCAAUCACCAUAUGACAUUUUAUCGUGUUUUGGUCUCAUUCGCACGAUAUCGUAAAUCACUUCCGGAUAGAUCACUCAUCUUUAACUCUGGAGUUUAAAACGGAUGUUUACCGAAAAAGAUAAACCUACUUUGGUGAUAUAGAUAUCAAAAUCAAUUCUUUUAAGCUUUUUCUUAUACUACAAACCGGAAUGGUACACAAAUUUUAGGAGAUGCGCAGAUAAGACCUGAUUAGACAUAGUUGUGUUAUGUGUUCCGAACUUUUGAGAUUUCCAAAAUCUCAAUGCAUCUGAAUUUAGAAUGAUUUAGGUCCAGUUACUAAAGUCCUGCCAUUUGUAACCACGAGUUAUGAAUAAAUUGUCUAUCACAACAUCAAAUCGCAACGAACAUUCGCACGCAAAAAAAUUAGAAUUUUCAAUCAAUGAAAUUUCAGCAAACUGAAUUAGUGAUUUUCAUUAGUGUUGGAACCGAACCAAGUUUAUGUCUUUUCAAAAUACCGUUAAUUCACCGAGGACUAAUAAAAGUUGAAAACGUCGGCUUGAUCGAGAAGUACAAAGUGACGACGACGCAAAAAGAAUAGAAAAAAAGGUUUCGGCUUUGAGAGAAGUCAAACGGAGAUGCCGGAGGAGGAGGAGUCAAUAGAUAUCAAAUUCAGGCUCUACGAUGGAUCCGACAUGGGCCCAUUCCGCUAUUCCUCUGCCUCUACCAUUGAUUGCUUGAAGCAAAGAGUCCUCUCUGAUUGGCCCAAAGGCAAAACUCUUGUACCAAAAGGGAUCAACGAGGUUAAGCUGAUCAGCUCGGGUAAGAUUUUGGAGAACAAUAAGACCGUUGCCCAGUGUAAGACGCCGUUUGGAGAGGUUGCAGGUGGUGGAGUCACUCUCAUGCUCAUGCACGUUGUUGUACAGCCUUGUCUUUCAAAAGCUAAAACAGGUACAAUACUUUUUCUUUUCUUUUUUUUUUGUCUAUGCAUAUCAGAAAAAAAAAUGUACCAUUUCAUGGAGAUUUAUGUGUUAUUUAUUUAUCUUGUCUUUCACAUGUUUGGCUUAUGUUAUAUUUGCUUUGUGGCUCCCUUGUUUACUUCUUAUAGCAUCGUCUGCCUCUAGUUAUAUACAUAAGGAUGAUAACAAGAGUUUAUCCUUCUAGAGAAUGAAUGUCUUGCCAAACAUAAACAUUUGCAUCCCUGAUUCACAAAAACUUGAUCAAAAUGAUUUGAGUCUCUCUGAUUUCUAACAAGUGUUGAGGAAUGCUAACUAGCCGUUGGAUACCGGUUUGAUUGAACACCGAAGAAGGUCGAUAAAGCACCCAAGGCGGUUAUAUGCACAUGCACCAUUUUAUGAAGGGAGCAAGAUCUGUAUCCAUACUUAGACCAUCUCAAUUCUUCAGCUACAGAACAAAAGCAAAAAAUAAAGGUAAAAGGUAAAGUAAAGCUUCCCUUCAAGCAAGCUGUGGAGUAUCAUAACCUCAGAAAAGCAAGCCUUGAUUGUGUAGAAAGUAAUUAGAUUCUUUCCAAGUACCCAUCAUUUGUUGCCUCUUACUUGUUUUUGUUCACACUGUCUUCUAUACUUCGUUCGCGUCCCACGUAGCACAUGUAAUAAACGAGAGUUGUAUAGGUUCACUUUAAUUAUGUAUCUAUCAGAGGAUAAUUCUUACACCUAGUUAGCUCAAUUGAAACCAAAAACGCUUUUUUCUUUUAGUUGUUUGCUUGUUCAAGUAAGAGAACAAAUUCCGCAGGAAAACACUUCUUAGAUGUUCCUAUUUUGCAAGAGUCCAUGACUCCAAUCUCUUAUCGUUCACGUUUUGUA